AUGCGAUUUCUACUUAAAACACUUGCGCUUUGCACGGUUUUUAUACGGGCUUCAACAUCCUCCCCUCUUGAACGACUUAGCAGCCAUGAUAAUAACAACGACCACACCAGUCCAGUUGUGACCAUCGAUUCGGGUGUUAUCAUCGGUAAAAAUGCGCAUGUUCCUGGCUCAACGGAAACAGUGCAUCAGUUUCUCGGCAUCCCUUUUGCCAAACCGCCAGUCAAGAACCUUCGAUUCUCACCACCAGAACACCCACUGCCCUGGCAUAAGCCCCUGCAUACUUCCAAAAGCCCUCCAGCUUGCAUACAAGAUUUCGGCAACAAGACUUCUGGGAGCGAAUUUCAAAAGGCGUUAUUCAACACGCCUCCCGCACCCGGGGAGAGCGAGGACUGCCUGUAUUUGAACGUCUACCGGCCCAAAGGUGAUUACAAGGGGAAACCGAUAUUGUUCUGGACAUUCGGCGGUGGGUAUAGAUUUGGAGCUAGUUCGUAUCCGUUUUACGACGGUUCAAGUCUUGCUGCAAAUCAGGAUAUCAUUGUGGUUACCGCCAAUUAUCGAACUAACUUGUUUGGGUUCCCCCGGUCACCACAGCUUCCAUUAGACAAGCGAAACUUGGGUAUACUUGAUCAAAGACUGGCUCUUGACUGGGUAAAGAGAAACGUCCAUGCUUUCGGAGGUGAUCCCAAUAAAGUCACCAUUGCUGGACAGUCUGCCGGAGCAGUAUCUGUGGGCCAUCUUAUCAAUACAGCUCCCGUUAAUCUGCCGUUUCGAGCCGCCAUUUUGCAAUCAGGCUCUUCACUGUUCCAACUCCCUCCAAGCCCCCCCAAUAGCGAAUUUUCAUCUUGGACGGGCUUGGUACAAUGUCUCAACUGUACCAGUAGUUCAGAUGCGGCCGUCCUAGAAUGCGUUCGUGGCGCAAGUGUUGGUACCUUGCGAAAGAUACUGUUGGAGACUGGCCUGCCAUUCCAAACCCCCAACAUGGACGAUGUCACUGUCCUUGAAUCCCCAGCCAAGGCGUAUGCUGCAGGCAAGGCCGCGAAAGUACCGAUCCUCAUAGGCUCAACUCUAGACGAUGGAUCAACCUUCGCCUACGGCAAGGGGGACAAUGUCACAGCCUUCAUCAACAGUUUAUCAUUUCCCCCUGAAUUAGUGGAGGCGAUAAUAAAACUGUAUUCACCGAACUCCACGGCAACAGCAAGCCUAUCAAUGGGUCGCCAAAUAAUCUCACAGAUGAUAACGGACUUGACAUUUCGUUGCCCUGCUGGCUUCGUCGCGAAUCUUACUGCAACAACUCUGAAAGUACCUGUAUGGCAGUAUCUGUUUAACGACCCGGCCGCAAGUCAUCCUGACUACGCAGAACUAGGAGUCUACCAUACGUCUGACAUAGCUUAUGUAUUCGGCACGCAGGGGCUUCGCGAUCCGGGACAGGCGAACAAGCUCUGGUUACAAAAGCUGUGGGCAGACUUCGUCAAGAACCCGCAAGCCGGCCCAAGCUGGAAGCAGUACCCUUCCGUUGGCCUGCUAAGAGAAGACGGGGCAAACGCUAUUGCUACUGAGGACGUGAAGACACUGGAUCCAAUCUGCCGAGUGUGGGAUAAGCUGUACUCGUCGGCACUGCUCAAGCACUGAAGAAAUUCACCGCCUCUUCCCACGGGGUUUGCGAGUAUCAACAGCGUUAAACCUAACGUUCACCUUUCGAUGACGAUUAACCAGUGCUGGUGCAGCCUUUUCCUGCUGUGCCUAGAUACGUUACGGUCUGGGAAUCAAGCGUCCUUGGCGAUGUUCAGGAUAGCAUUAUUAUGGCGGAUUUACUUUUGAGCCACGGAGGUUGACAGGUAGUUAGUUGCCGGUUGAGAGGCAAGGCGAAUUGUUUGUUCAGGAGAAGCUUCUGGUUUUUUUUUCCCUUUGUCUUCUGAAGUUAAUACUGGCUUUUGUGGCUGUAGAAUUGUUUGCUCUGGUUCUCUCCCUGACGUUCUCUCGGUACAGAAAUCUCGCCAAUCUACGGAGUACGUGUGUGUGUGUGUGUGUGUGUUUGUCUUUUGCACAGAAUAUCUCGAACUACCGAGUGCUUGACAGCGGUAACUUCAAUAAAAUGGGCUGAUCCUAGCAUACAGUAUGCGAGCAUGAGGUCUAUAUGGCCAACCGUCUUCGUGGCGUCUCGUAGCCUGCAUUCGAGAAGACGGCUGUUGGAGUGUCAACGCUAGAUGAGGUGGAAGUUUGUCGAGCUCAUAGCCAAAGCCCUCUCUAACCACAACGUCGACCCUCGAGCGACAGCCACCCUGAGCUAACAUCAACAAGUCUAUCCAUCCAGGCUUUAUUAGAUGCGGCAAACGUUGACUGUCGCCUUGUACGAGGUACGAAAGCUUUGUUACAUGAUAAUGUGUGUCGAUGUUCCAUUAAUAUAUGCAGAGCAGCACCAUUUCCAUACGCCCGCGUCUGAUGUCUGGCCAGUCACUCCGACCCUCCAGGCCUUGGUUGUGCAGCCAGCGCUCUAGCACUCCAGCUCCCUGGGUCUGAAACCAGCAUAAUAAUCAUAGGUACUUGCUUUGGUUCUGAGAAGCGCAGACGAUCGGCAAUCUGCAGCAUGCGGGGAUAGAUGAAAUAUUUUGUUGUCACUAUUAUUCUAGACAACCCCCAGCAUACGACUAGACGCAGCACCAAUCACGACCUCGAUAUAGAGUCACAGCGAGCUGCAGAUGAUGAGACUCGACGCCGUACUUCGUCCUACAAAUGGUACAUCGUACAAGUUGUGUUCCAUCGGCGGUGCGCAAGUUCGAAGGAGGACAGUCGAUAUCAACUGGGCCGGUCCAAAUAACGCAGGCCGAACAAGCCUCCCCUUUCGCCUAACUACAGCUGUCAGAUCCAUGGAGCGAGAAAUUGAUGCGUCCGAGAGUUAACAAACCCCCGUUUGUCAGGCCAGGGAUCGUUGCAUGCAGGGAAGGUUUUGCUCUGGCGAGGGUUUGCGGGCUAGAACUAU